AUGAGAGACCUAAAAUCCAAGUUAAACCUAUACAGAGAAGGGCUCAUUGACAAAGAAUAUGACUAUAUGACCAAUUUCAAAAGUAAAACCAGUCAAUUCUAUGGUAUUCCCAAGAUACACAAGAGUGAGAAAAUAAGUAACGCAUGUAGGAUAGCCACAGACAUAAUAAUCAAAGUCCCUACUCCUUAUGAUCUCAAAUUGAGACUUAUAAUAGCAGGUCCCGCAUGUGAAACCCACCGCCUCAAUAACUUUUUAGAUGCCCUCUUAAAACCAUUCCUCAAGAAUGUCAAAAGCUAUAUAAGGGACGACCUGGAUAUGCUCAAUCACCUUCCUGAAACAAUAAACAAAAGCACCCUACUAGUAUCCGUCGAUGUACUCAACCUCUAUUCCAAUAUCCCCCACAACCUAGGAAUAGAGGUAAUUCAAUUCUGGCUAGAGAAUUAUGCCAACGAACUCCCACAUCGCAUCAAAAAAGAAUUUGUGAUAGAAGGGCUAAAAUUCAGCCCGGAAAACAACUACUUCGUCUUCAAAGACAACUUCUAUCAACAUAAAUCAGGGACUGCAAUGGGUACGAGAAUGGCACCCUCCUUUGCUAACCUAGUCAUGGGAUAUCUAGAAAUUAGUCUUUAUCGUAAGAUUCUAGAAAAAUACAGCAGCCCAUUCUCCAUCUACAUAGAAAAUAACUGA